GUUCAUCAGCCUCUGAGAUUCAGCAAAACCAGACGAUGGCAGUCCAUUUGAUUUUGUUGGGUCUGCUCUCCCUCUGUAGCCUUUCCUUCAGUCAAGAAUGUAAUCAAGCGCUCCAGGUGAACGUGGAUUUUCCUGGAACAGACAUAGCAUUUCAGUACUCUCCUGAUGUGCAGCACUGUCAGCUGCUGUGCACCCAGCACCCCUCCUGCCUCUUCUUCACUUUCGUCCGGGCUGAUUGGACCAGAGAUGGCCGGCACUUCUACUGCUACCUGAAGUCCACUCCCACUGGGCGGCCCAAUGUUCAGACUCCACUAGUGGGUGUCACCUCUGGCUAUUCUCUCAAACCCUGCAGCCAAGGCCAAGUAAAAGAACCAUGUCUGUCUGAGGUGUACCACGAUGUGGACUUUCCGGGUGCAGACUACAGAUUCCUGUUCACAGCUGACUAUGAGGAGUGCCAGAGAGUCUGCACUCAGGACCCCUCCUGUGAAUUCUUUACUUUUGCAAAUGGAAGUUUUUCAGUGGAGACAAUUAGGCACAAGUGUCACCUUAAGUUCAGCUGGACUAUACCAAGGACUCCUAUUGUAGAAAGAACGGCUGGUGUGACAUCUGGAUUCUCCCACAAUGCACAAAUGACGACUCAGAUCUAUGACGCAGUGUGUCAGAGCAAACUGUUUCCCGACACCGACAUCGCAGGACAAAACGUCCUGGUCGAACGAGCUGCCUCUCCUGAACAGUGUCAGGCUCUGUGCUCCGCUCAUCCAACCUGCACCUACUUCACUUUUGUCAGGAGUACUUUCAGUUGUAACUUGAAGAAAAACCCAGACAAAAUGGUGACCACAGCAAGAAAUGGAUACACAUCAGGCCUGCCAACACACUUCUGCCAGCCUGAUAACAACUGGCUGAAGGUGGCUCACGAAGGAGUAGAUUUCCGAGGUUCUGAUAUUCGCUUCGAGCUCAUGGAUAAUGCAGAAGAAUGUCAGAGGACCUGUACCGAUGAUCCGAACUGCCAGUUCUAUACCUAUGUCACCAAGAACUUCCGUGACAGGAAUUUUUGGCGUCGCUGCUAUGUGAAGCGUGUCAUCACCGUACCUUCUCUACCCAAAGUUACCAAACUGAACAACGUCGUGUCCGGAUUUACCCUGAAGAAGUGUCUCCUGAUUCCAAAAUCACAUGUUUAAAUAAAUUAUGAAGGAGAAACACAAAUAUAAUCCAGUCAAAGACAAAAGAUUCUACACUAAACAACUGCUGUGGUUGAGUUUGGUUACAUGUGGGAGUGGAAAUUCCCCAUUAAAACUGUUUAAUGUCA